AUGGAUACCAUGAAUAAAUCGUUAUCAGAUACAGAAGUGGAAAUCGCACAUCAAACAACCCCACCAAACUUUUUAACUGUCCGGAAAAAGAGAAGAAGAAAUGAAGAAUACACUUCGGAACUGGCUAAUUUAAAAGAAGAAAUGAAAAACAUGAAUGGUGACUUAUCUAAACCUCAAAAUUUACCGCACGGGCGACUGUGGUGUAUUAGGAAGUGGAAGGAGUUAAGCGAUUUGCUUAACAGCCAAGGAAUUGGAGAGUCUCGAAGUGAAGAAAAGUGGCGAAAAGUGUGGAGUGAUUUAAAAAACAACACGAAGAGGAAGUGGGCCAAAAUUAAUAAAACUGCUCAUGGUACUGGUGGUGGGCCUGCCUUAAAAAUGUGUCUCACAGAUUUGGAGAAUAGGGUGCUGUCGAUAAUGGGUGUCGAAGCAGCAACUGGGAUGGCCAUAGCUGAAGUUGGUUUUAGCACGGUAGAAGAAUCUGAAAAAGUAAGCAAAACUGUUUUUAUACCUGUGGAGCCAGUAAAUACAGAGGAUAUAAUAAUUGUACCAAAUGAAGUUCCUGCUACUGAUGAUGAGGACUGGAAUACUCCUGGCUGCAGCAAGGAUCCAUAUUAA